UUUUGGUUCCCCGAGGCACAGUUUGGCUGUGCCCCGGGGGUGGUCCGCACCAAGGUGGGGUACACAGGUGGAACAAAGAAGUUUCCCACGUACUACAGCCUUUGUAGUGAUGUGUUAGGUGCACAUGGAGAGAAAUACUAUGAGGAAACAACUGGAGAUGGAGUGGGGACCAUACUGAAACUGUGCAGAUUGAGUUUGACCGAACCAGACCAGCUACGAGAAGCUGCUCAGAAGUUCUGGGCAAACCAUGACAGCACAACCUGCCACAAGAACCAGUACAUGUCAGCAAUCUUCUAUCAUGAUGAGAAACAGCAUGAAGUUGCCAAGAGCACCAUGGAUGAACAUCAGAAGGUCGUCAAGAGGAAGAUCCAGACCAAGAUCAAGCCAGCAGAUACCUUCUAUGAUGCAGAGGACUACCACCAGAAGUACAUGCUACGUCAGAAUCGCAGCCUGUUCCAGAGUCUUAUCUUCAAGCCCAAUGAGGAGGUGACCUCGUACACAGCAGCCCGCCUCAACGGCUAUAUGGGCGGCUUCGGCAAGCUAACAGAUUUUGAGGCUGAGCUCGAGUCCCUAGGUCUCUCCGAUGAACAGGAGCAGUACGCUCGCUCUAAAAUCAAAGGAGGCGGACUCAAUUAAACCCUAGGACCCAUUCGUAGGCCUAGCUUUUAAUGGAAUUCUAACGUGAUGCUAUAUCAUGUUCACUGACUUGGGAUGAAGUGAGGAAGACAUAGACUUUAUAACAUGAACCAAAGAAUCAUGUACUCUGUAUAUAUCUGUCUCAUUUCUGUAAUUGAUAUUUUUAUUUUUCAAUUCAAUUUGUAGAUUUCUAUUAAAAGCAAUGAGAAUUUUGUCUUUGAGUGAUCAUUUAUUGUGUCCAGGAAGAAGGAAACAAUACUACAUUUUAUUACUGGUAACCAUAUUUGAAUUCUUCUUCAUCUCCAGUCUCUGUGCACUAUUUAACUCUUUGUUGGUUUUCUCCUCUCCUUGUUUUUAUUGGAUCCAAUGUCCGAAUUCGACUUCACUUGCCAUGCACCAUUGAAUUAGAAAAACAAACAAUUUUCAGUGCUGAAUAAUCCCUUCAUUUGAUAUAUACACAUAUUAUUUUCACACUUUUCACUUCCUGGUUCUCCCAUAUACAAUUGUAUCUUCCGUGCUCUUUGCUUAUCCUUAGUGUGUGUCAAAUCAAAUGGAAAUUGUAAUAUGUAAUUUUAUCUUGUACAUGCCAUUCACUAUUUGCAUAUUCCUUGUAUUAUGUGUGAUGCAUGUACAUGAUAAACUUGAAAUUUUAAUAUGUGUAUAUGUAAAGCAGCUAUUCCACAAUGGUGUGAAUUCAAAAGCUUAUUUGCUAAAAAACAUGUAAUGAGAACUGUUUCACUCUAAAAAUCUCAUUGCAAAAAAAUAAACAUGUUUCUGAUAAGAAAAAGAACAGAAUAAUGUGUCUGUUUGGAACUAGAAGGGUAUUCAUUUCAAUGUGGAGUUAAUUCCCUUUGAGCUCCAAAGAGAUGAUUUGUCCAUUAAUAAUUCAGUUAAGUAUAUUAUUGAGCACCAGACACUUUUUUCAUACCCAACACAACUCCUUUCAUGUUGUAAGAAUCUCAGACAUAUCUAAUGUGCUCGGUUAGUUCUUGAGUGAGCAAUUAAAUGGGGAGAAGAAGAGAAAUUAAUAAGGUCCUUGAGAGUAGCUGUCAAGCUUACCUAUGUCAUAAAUAAACUAUUGGUAUUUAAAAAUAGAAGAAGAGAAAGUGAAAGAGAUUUGAUUUUUAGAAAGUAAAAGAGAGAAAGUUGUAUUUCAAGACAUGUAACAAUCCACUUGAUACCUUUUUCAUAUUUUCACCUGCAAUAAUCGGUGUUUCUUUUACUUUUGAAAUAUCAUUUCAUACCCAUGUGCAUGGCUUCCCAAUAAGACCAAUGGCCUUGUGAAAACACUUUGGAAAUACAUAUCUCAAAAGUGAACUACCCUUUUAGUUAGUGAAGUUAGAAUUUUAAUUUUUUAAUUUCUUUUUAUCCUUCUCUUCAAUGUUUUCUUAAAAUGUCAAAUAUAUUCGGUCAGAGUAUGUGUUAAGAAUAAGAAGUUUAUUAAAACUAUGAUGGUUUGAUUGGGGAAAAAAUGAAAGAUAAAAAUAUUAAUUUUUGUUGAUAUCAUUACCUGAUCUAUGUUCCAUGAAAAAUAUACCUUUUAAGUGUAACUUUGCGCAAGCAUUUCAAGGAAACUUUAUUCAUAUUUCAGGUGUUCACAUAAAAAAGCUUGUUGCAAGUUAGAGUACUUGUGUUUGCAGUGACAUUUAGAUAUUGCUCAAAGCCAUUGGUGAUAGUAUCAAUUGGGAAAUGAUGUCCAUGAAGAUUUUGGUUGCAAUUUUCAUUUUUUGUUCAAGGAAGUAUAUCUCAUCGGUUUUUGUAUACAUUAACUUAAAACAAAAGAGAAAAAAGUUUUUUAAAAAACUAAGAAAUGUACUAGAGGGAGUUUGUGUUGGUUUCAUGUUUAUUGGCAUAUAUUUAUUAGACACAUGUUCAAAUUAAUGUUUCUAAUUGUAUCAUUUAAAUGUGAUCAUAAUCUAUUUUUCAAAUAUUGGGGAAUUUCGGCGAUUGUCUUUCACUUUUCCUUGUCAUGAAUAGAUGUAUUUUCAUGUUUGAACCUGUUUUACAGAAUGUGGGGAUCCCCGCAAUAGCACAAAAUGCAAUACGUGGUGGUACCGUAGUAGAUGAAGUAAUUUCUAUUUUUAUAAUUUGCAGGAGAUUGUUAUGACGUCAUCUGUGUAUUUCACUAAGAAUCCCCAGGAGUUCAUCACUGCACGAAGCAUUGUAUGGUAUGGGUAGAAAAUAUUUAUUUUUUAUGAUCUGAUGAAUUUUGAUAUAAUGUUUAUUCAUGCGUGUGACUUGAACCACGUUAUUUUUUAAGGCUAAUAGAUUAUGCUGCAUAAUGCCAUGUUGAAUAGCAGGAGGGGAAUUCCAGAUCAUUAUGACGUGGCUUGGUAAACUCGAUUAUUGAUCGAAGCCAACCCACCGAUGACAUCAUGUCUGGUUUUUCAUCUACUUUAUUCAGCAAGGCAUUAUACACCUCAUCUUUUAGUCUGUUCCUUUCAAGUGAGAUAUUUUAAUCAUUCUAUUCAAUUGAAUAUUUCUAUCGCACAACAAUUUGGUCUGUACUGAUAAAAUUUGGUCUGAUGGCUUGUUUAUUUUGUGUAUGAAAA